GAAUGUCCCUGUUUCCCUUUACCCGUCUUGCUGCAAUGGAAGUGCUGCUGUUAACCCUUACAACAAUCCUGGCUGUUACCUCAGAUCAGGAAUUUGGUGAAGCUUACUACAAACGUUUGGAACCUGGUUAUUCCUAUGGUUAUCUUCAGACAUCUCCAACACAACAAUUCUCCACCGUAUCAAGUGUACUGGAAUGUGCCGUCAUGGCUCUGAACAGCCAAUCAGAAUUCUUUACUUACCACAAAGUCAGCCAUGUUUGUAAGAAUUAUUCACCGAAAAAUAUAAUGACAGUCGUCAGCAUGAAUGACAGCAACGAGAUUUCCUUCUAUAGAUGAACUGAAUGGAUCAAAACCUAUGCCAUAUCAAUGGGAGCAAAUUCGUUAAUCUAUAAUUCCAUCCUCAAUAUAGGAAGUCCUUCAACUUGGAAUGUGGACAAGUGCAAUGGUAUCUACUGUCCUAAUUUCUUUCAACACCCAAUACUUGAUAUCUGGAACCGUUUACCAAUCGAGCAGGUAUAUAUAAACACAAACAUACGAUACAUAUAUCCUUAGUGAUUACAGCUGUAAAUUUGCAUAUUGGGGUGUUUACAUUAAAUGUGAUACGUAAAUAGAUAUUUUAAUCUUAUACUGCUUCUAUUGUGUAUAACAGAUCUUUAUUCAUCCGGGCGGCUCUUCGCAACACCAGUGAUUGUUUGUUCAUUGUUUUCCUAUAUAACUGUGGCGACAUAUCUUCUCUAAGCA